GUUCCAUCCCAUAUUGUCUUGUUCUACUCGUGUUAAGUGAUAAAAUAUACAACUCAGAAGACUAUCAGGAAUCUUUGGAGCGACGCUUUCUGGCCAAAUGUAAGUAGUUGUUAGUCCAGUGGCUCCGCUGUGAAUUCCAAAAGCGUAAGUAGCCAGUUUGCUUGCGUAGUAGCUAUCUUGAGUUGUAAUCUUAGGGCACAUGAUGUUUUUGUGGAAAUCAAAAUGGAAGCCUGAAACGCCAUCUCUUGGUGCCUCGACCAACAUGACACGGAAAAAUGUCUCAAAUAAGUGCAUACACGCAGGUUUUUUCCGUCAUAUCGCCUCAACCAUGUGCGCACCUUUUCACCAGUAGAAGCAAUAUAUAAAAACAACAACAACAAACAGACAGACAAUGAGCGCGCAAAUUCGAAAUUCGAAAGCAAACACAUCAAGACCUAUCUAGGAAGCGCGCGCGCCAUUUCUAUCAACUGUUUGCUGUCGAGUGCGCGCGUUGUUUUGCCUUCGUGAUUUUGAAUAUACGGAUAUAAGAGUUUAGUAGGGCGUUUCUCCAAUCAUUUUAGUAUGGAUAGCAAUAUUGGUUUUGGGUACAAUGUUGACAAGAUUGCCGACACACACCGCCCAGCAAUUCAAUACGAAGCGAGAAAUGACGCGGGCAGCCAAUUGCCUAGAAGUAGGGUCAAAACGAUCAAGAGCGUCCGUUCAAAAAAACUGAAGCCAAGAAAGAAUCGACCCUUCAAGGACGUUGAAUUUAUGAGCUUAGAAUGCUGCCCUCGAAACAAUUGCCUGCUAGCCCACGGAAGGGACGUUAUCAAAUCGAUAAGGGACAACUACGACAGAAUGGCAUACAGGGAUCAGAAUAUGCACCUUUGUGCACUGAUCGAUGUCUCUUGUGACGGAAAGAGGAAUAUUAUAAGCUACCAUAUGAAGGACAACACGGGGCUAAAAAAAGUAAAAAAAUGGAAAGUGGCCUUCAUGAGAGUCUUCGGCAUAGGAAAGAAGAAGAUAUCGGUGCUCUUGAAAAAGGUCCAGCCAUUUUCUGGGUAUGUUCUCGAAGACCAGAGGCGUUUCACACAAAACCAGAGAAAAAUCCCACUUCGAAUCAAAGCAGAGGUCGUUGAGCAUUUCAGAAGCUAUGACCGUUCACAGUCCCAUUACGCGCGCGCAUUUACAAAGGAGAAGCAAUACUUGUCAUCUAAUCUGAGUCUUUCACAAUUAUGGCGGGAUUUCUUAGCCAAGAAAGGCAUUGGAAAGGUCGACAUCGCUCCCUUGAGUUUUACUUCUUUUAGGAGAAUAUUCAAAACGUUUAGCCUCUCGUUUCGUAAGCCUCACGUGGACACCUGCCCUAAUUGCGACAGUUUCCAGAUUAUUAUCAGGCAUGGCAACGCCUAAAAAAAACAGAUAUACAUUAUGACAGACAGACAGAUAGACAGA